AAAAGACCAAGGUUAACUACAGAUGUUGGAUAUGAGAGCCAGACAACAUUGUGCUUCAGACCUCACAGCAUUAUCAGCACCUCGGGCAAGUUCCCAGGGAAACACAUCCUCAGUAGUGUUCAUGGAGAUUUUGCCAGGUAAGAGAGAUGUUGGAGAACCUGAAGGCAGAGCAUAAAAGGAUCAACGCCUUGAUUACCAAGGUGGAAUUGCUGCAAGAGAGUGUCUCGCUUAAUGUGGGAACGACACCAGCACCUGCCACCUCUCUGCCUGCCCUGAGAGUUCCUGAUGCUACUAAUGUUCCUGUUCCCGCACAGGAGGAUUUUUUAAUCGUCAGGAACAACAUGAUCUCCAGGAGGAGGAUCGUACCAAUCACUACAUGUCAAAACUGCUUCCAGAUCCAUUCAGAUACAGGAGAUGAUGAGGACACUGAAGAAGAGGGAGUGGAAAACAUUCUCAGUGACAUCUUGUCAACAAACACUGGAGCUGAGAUGCCUCACAUCACACCAAAGUAUCUCCUUGCCCACUCUAACCUUGGAGACAUCACCGAAACAAUUUCAAAAAAUUUUGAAAAUUUGAAUUUGAAAAAAUUUGAACAUCUCAUUAAAGAGAAAAGAAUGGCAACCACAAAAGAAAAGUAUAAGAAGAUGGACUCCAGAGACCUGUUGGACUUACUGAUGAUGUCACCAUUCUGCAAGAACAUUAAUUAUGUGAAAGACGAAGUACAGGAAAACAACAAUUGCACAGAGACUGAAUAUGGAAACACAUCUAAGGGAACUGUUUUCCUUGUCCUGAGUAAAGCACUAAACUCAUUAGUUCCCCAGUCUGUGUGGGGCAGCCAAGAGAACUACAACAGAAUGGAGUUCUUCAUGUGGCAGCUCCUGGACAUGGGAGUGCAUGACACCAUUAGUAUUGGUGUACUGCUUGAUGGGAUGCAGCUGAAGGAUGUGCGGUCCCCAAAAGAGCCAAGCAAUUAUUAUUUGUGCUGACAGGAUGUUGUGAAGGCCGAAACCGUGCAGAGAUGAAAGGACUGGCUAGUGUCAGACACACUGACUUCUCCAAAACACCCAACAAACCUGAGGCAGGAGAUGCGAGUUUGUAGUGCUGUUGUAAAAUCCCAGUCUGUACAUGUGUUGUGGUUGAUUGCAUGAACAUAUCAGGAAAGAAGAACUAGUGUGCAAAAGGAUUGAUUGUAUUUCCAAAGAAGAAAGUAGCAACUCAGGGAAGACAUUGGGAGACAGGAUGUCAACAAUCAGCAAUUCAGGGAAGACACUGGGAGACAGGAUGUCAACAGACAAUUGGCAACUGAGGGAAGACAUUGGGAGACAGGAUGUCAAGAAUCAGCAAUUCAGGGAAGACACUGGGAGACAGGAUGUCAACAGACAAGCAGCAACUGAGGGAAGACACUGAGAGACAGGAUGUCAACAGACAAUCAGCAAUUCAGGGAAGACACUGUGAGACAGAAUGUCAACAGACAGGCAGUAACUGAGGGAAGACACUGAGAGACAGGAUGUCAACAGACAAGCGGCAACUGAGGGAAGACACUGGGAGACAGGAUGUCAACAGAUAAUCUUCACCAGUAUCUCACUAAGAUUUGGCAUCAAAACAUGGUUGUGUCUUUCAUAUGUACCAGGAUUUAUAUACUGGUAGGUUAACUGUAUAACUUAAAUGGAUAAAGAAAGGUCAUUAUAGAGAGGAAAAAAAAUAAUAUUUGUCCCAGGGUGAUGACACAUCCCAGACCCAAGAUAAUGUGCAUAAUACUUAUUUUGCCACAUUUCUUGCUCGCUGCUUGAUGAUGGUGGCUGAAAAUGUUCCUUAUAUUUUAUUGGUUGCUUUGAUAGCACACAAAUGACAAAGAUUUUUUUUUUAGCUGACCACCUUUUAUUUGUAAAAUUCAGUCAGCUGGUGAAUCUGGCAGUUUUCUAGACCACAGUGAAUGCCCCAUUUGCUCAGCCUGGCUGGUCUUAGGCUCACCACUUCAUGCAAGCACUCCUUCAUAUCUUUUUAAACUACAUUGGCUAACGGUGAUUGCUUGGAUUAGAUUUAAAAUCUGCUUAUUAAUGUUCAAAGCCCUUAAAUACAUUUAUCCAGCCUAUAUUUAAAACAUACUCAUUAAUUAUUUUUCCAUCACUAACAUGUCUGAAGGCAACUGAUGACCCACACUUGCUCCUAAUCCCUCAGUGGAGAUACCUGCCUGUUAUUGCUGUACAGCUUUAACUAUUUUGGGCCAAAAUUUUAUAAGCUGCCCUCCUUUGUCAAGGAUGUACCCACUGUUCAUGUCUUCAAGAGGUUGAAGACCCAUUUCUUUUAAUUUGGUGCAUGAUUCUGGUUCUGAAUCAACUUUACUGAAUUCAAGUUAUAGCUGACUAUAGACUGUGAUAACUUUUCCACACUCUAACCUGUUCUUUUAAUGUAUAAGCUUGACUGUGGCCCAGUUUCUUGCUUGGGACCACUGGAGUUGUUCAAGUGCACUCACUUUUACUAGCUGUGAGAUUAUGGUUCUUAUGAUUCUAAUACUCUUUAACACUGAAACCAACUGUAUCUGUUUUUAAGGUCAUAUAGAGGAAAAAAAUAAUAACUAUCAUCAUCAUCAUCAUCAUCAUCAUCAUCAUCAUCAUUAUUAUUAUUAUUAUUA